AGAGCCCCUGUCCUUUUGAAACCGGAAGUGAUACUGUUCCUCAGAGCCCCUGUUCCCUUGGUACCACAAAGGAUACUGUUGCUCACAGUCUCUGAUCCCUUGUGACUGAAAGUGAUUCUGGUCCUCAGAGCCCCUGCUCUCUCUUGAAUGAAAGUGCUCCUCUUCACCCUCGAACUGUGAUCAGGAAAAUGUUUCAAACAAUUAAAGACUGGUUCUGGUUGGAAAAAUUGUGGCUUCCUCCCACAAUGAAAUGGUCAGAUUUUGAAGAUCAUGACGGACUUGUCUUUGUAAAGUCUUCUCAUUUAUAUAUAACAGUUCCCUGUGCUUUCCUCUUGUUGAUCAUCAGAUACUUUUUUGAAAGGUUUAUUGCCACACCUCUAGCAAAGACUUUGGGCGUAAACAAGAAAAUCCCAGAGAAGGUUCAGCAUAAUCCUGUCUUAGAGCAUUUUUUCAUCCAGUCCACCAGGCAUCCUUCCCAAAAUGAUCUAUAUGGUCUAGCAAAGAAGUGUAACCAGACUGUACAGCAGGUUGAAAUAUGGUUUAAGAGACGGCGUAAUCAAGAAAGGCCUUGCAGACUAAAGAAAUUCCAGGAAGCUUGCUGGAGAUUUACAUUUUAUUUAUUCUUAACUAUUGCUGGCAUUGGAUUUCUAUAUGAUAAACCUUGGCUUUAUGAUCUGUGGGAGGUUUGGAAUGGCUAUCCAAAGCAGCCAUUACUACCAUCUCAGUACUGGUACUACGUUUUAGAGAUGAGUUUUUAUUGGUCCCUGCUGUUUAGACUUGGUUCCGAUGUCAAGAGAAAGGAUUUUCUAGCCCAUGUCAUCCAUCAUCUGGCUGCUUUAAGUUUAAUGAGCUUCUCUUGGUGCACUAAUUAUAUUCGUAGUGGGACAUUGGUGAUGCUCGUCCAUGAUGUUGCUGACAUUUGGCUUGAGUCUGCUAAAAUGUUUUCUUAUGCUGGAUGGAAGCGAACAUGUAAUAUUCUAUUUUUCAUCUUUGCUGCUGUAUUCUUUAUUACCCGCCUAAUAAUUUUCCCCUUCCGGAUUUUAUACUGCACAUUGGUUAUACCUCUACAGUACCUUAAGCCUUUCUUUUCAUACAUUUUCCUCAAUGUGCAACUCUUGAUCCUGCAAGUCCUUCAUCUCUACUGGGGUUACUAUAUUCUGAAAAUUCUUGGAAAAUAUUUAAUGCAACAGGAGAUUGGGGAUGAAAGGAGUGAUGAUGAAGAAGAGUCUGCUGAAGAAGAUGAACCAGAGUGUUUGAAGAAUGGUCUUGGGGCAGGCAGGAAUCCGGUUCCCAAUGGUCAGCCUGGUCAUUAGGUCUGAGCCACAUAGUCCCUCAUGUAGUGCUGUCUGAUUCUUGUGGGGGGCAUCUAACUCAAAAUGCUGCAUAGAACUGAGAAUCACAGGCUCUUCUGAACCAUGAAUGGACUUAUUGCUGCUUACAAGGCUUUGUGAAGAGCCCAUUUCCCCAGUGUGCCUCCUUCCUACCCCACCAAAAUUUUUGCUUAAGGAAAAUUUAUCAAUGGGCAGGUCAUCUUGAGGUUUUGUUCUUUUAAUGUUUAAAUUGGUGUGUGAAACAUUAUCUAAUUAUUUUACAAUAUUUAAGGUUUCAGUUAGGCAAGGAUUUUAAAAGUUUCUCCAGAGAAAGGCUUAAAUUAUAAUUACGUUAAUCUUACAUUUCAGAUAUUUUGAUUUUUAGAAAUCUCUCAUUCUUUUAUCCCCUUACUUCCAGAACCUGACUGGUACUUACCUAUGGCUUUGGAAGUGUUAAUAGGGUUUCUUCACAUAAGGUUUAGUCAUAGCAAGAAGAGACUUGGAGCAUUGUUCAGUGUCCAUGAUAAUUCCACACCUUUUGAAAGACACAGUUCAGCUUCUAUUUAGUCAGUCAUCUGAGGCAGGUUGAAAAGGAAUUUCCUUCUAAUGGCAAUAGUGUCAAGUGAACUCAUAUGGUUUUCCUUCCGGUGUCACAGAUAGCCAUUAAACACUCUGCUUUCUGGGGUUUUUUGGAGUAUCUUUAUCUUGGCUUCAUAUUGGACUCCAUGCAGGAAUUUUGUACUAAAGUGUUUUAUUUAGUUAUAAAGCACAUAAAAGUAUGAGCAACUGGAAGAGUAGGAGAGGGGAAACUUCUGGCUGGAACCUGAUUUUACCAAAAUGGAACAAAGGUACCCAAAUUCCCUAGUGUAGAUGCAUCCCUGAUUUGCCACCAUCAGGACAGAAGUCAGAGUAUCUAAGGGGAAGAGAAGUAGGAGAACUGAGGAUAAACAUGAGGAAGGAUGAGAAUUCUAGUAUGGUCCUAGCUGGUAUCAUUUGUCCCACCUCCUUUUCUUUUAGGUUUUAUUUCCUAGUGGUAUUUAGUUCUUUCUGACUGUUAUGAGUUCUUAAUGUCAGGGCAUUUACAGGAGUAUCACUAGGAAACUACCUGCCUAACAGAUACUAGAGGUGUCAUUGAACACAUUGGAUCUCUUUUGAUCUAUAGCCUGUGGGUCUGUUAGUCAACAGCAGCAGUUCCUUGUUUCAUUCUGUGAUUCAGUCUUCCAUGGAGUGUUCUAUACACAUCUAGUUUGUGGAUAGCCAGCAGUCACCUGUCAACCAUUAAAGAAAGGGAAGACUUCCUUUCCUGUUUUUGCCCUCCCAUUCUCAAAAUACACUAUGCAGUUGGGCAAAUAUAUCAAAAUGGAAUGGUCAAAAGAAGUCACUGGAAAUGGAACCCACAUGCUAAACUGCCUCAUCUGCAUUAGGGAGGGAAAAUCAAAAUACUAAUAUUUCUUUUAAAAAAAACUUAAAACAUUGGAAAUAAUAUGGAGAAGGCUGCAAAUCCUAGACAUAAAUGAGAUAAGCCAAGGUAUUAGUGAGCUUAUUGGAAGAUUGAAUGGAUAUUCUGCAGGAUAUAUUGUUACGGAAGGGGAAAUUGCAAAAGGUAUGGGAGUCAUUUUUGCAGUAUAGAGUAUUGAUGAGUUUCUUGGUGCUAGAACAAUGAGCUAUCUUUCUUAAUGAGAAUUUCAUUCAAUCCAACAUGUAUUUAUUAGUGCAAAGCACACAAAGACAAAAUGUAGAGUUCCUUUUCUCAGACAGCUUUCAUUCUACUGCAAUUGCCUGGAAAAUUCAUGUAUGGCAUCCUAUUGCCUUCAGACAAGUUCCUUGGAGAUUCAUUUGUAUGAUGUAAAACCAUUCUUGGAUUUGCUGGUAACUGAAACUUUACUUAUAAGAGACUUUUUUCUGACCAGAAUUCAUUUUUUCCUUCAACUGCUUUAAUUUUGUUUGCGUGUGCCAGUUGGUACUUUUACCAUCUCCCUUUGAUGAAUGGCCUAGCAAACUCUAGCCACAGAACAAAGCGAAGGUGGCAAGUAAGAUUGUAGAGGCUAGAUAACCAUUUCCAUAAGGACAACAGUGUCAUCCUGAAAUGUGAAGGACAUUGAAAAACCUCUGAAGACAUUUCUGAACUUUCUAAAUCAAAAAUAUGAAAAGGAACAAAACUACUUCAGACCAGAACAAAGACCUUAAAAACUUUAUGCCCAAAGAAAUAUUUUUGUGGAAUGAGAUCAUCAAAGAAGAUAGCCCAACAAAGAAGAUAUCAUCUUCCAUCAUAACAUUUGCUUCUAUGUACAUAAUAGCAUUUGUAAGAUAUGUGAUAUAUAUGCAAAUGUAUAUGCAUAGAGAGAGACAGAUAUAGAAAAAUUCACAAAUACUUCCUCAUGAUUUUAAUGGGAAUGGGGGAGAAACACUAAUGUCCUACUUUAAUGUCUCCAUUUGGGUAACUAAUUCUUCUAGACCUCUUUUGCCUUGUCAUUGUACAUAACAUGUGCUUACUUCUAGUAAAAUGUCUUCCCAAACAUAAUUUGUGCAUGAUGACCAACCUUACUUUUCUAGUUUAAAAAUUAAACUACAAAUUUGAAAAGGAAAUUGUGCUAGUAAGUAGUUUGUGGUUUUUUUUCUCAUUUUUAUGUAGAUGGUAAUUGGGAUACUGACAUCAUCUAAUGCUGACAUCCCAUUAGCUACAGAGAGCAUUGUGUUACUUUAAAGGGAAGUUUUCAUUUUUUGUGAUUGAUUUUAAAGAUAACAAGUUUCUAUGGGGAAAAAUACAUAGGACCAUACAAAAACAAGAGGCCGUAAGUAAUGCAAACCCUACUGUCAAGAAUUAUUGUUCUAAUGUUAGAGAAUAUCUUAUAAUAAAAUAAGGAC